UAUUUAGAAAUAAUGGCGUAUUGAAUUUCUAUUGGAUGAAUUUUUAUGAAAAACAUUUUAUUGGUUGAAUAGAUUUUUAUAAAAUGUAUUUAAUUUGACUCCAUUUAUUAUAAAUAGUAUAAAAUAGAUUAAAAUAUGCCUCCUAAGCCAUCUGGAAAAGCUGUCAAAAAGACCUCUAAACCCAAGAUAACUAAAGAUAAGAAGAGAAGAAAAUCUAGGAAAGAAUCUUAUGGAAUAUAUAUUUAUAAAGUGCUUAAGCAGGUACAUCCUGAUACUGGGAUAUCUAGCAAAGCUAUGUCUAUCAUGAAUUCAUUUGUGAACGAUUUGUUUGAAAGAAUUGCUGCAGAAGCUUCUCGUUUGGCCCACUACAACAAACGCUCAACUAUAUCAAGUAGGGAAAUUCAGACUGCCGUAAGACUUCUUUUGCCUGGUGAGUUGGCCAAACAUGCUGUAAGUGAAGGAACAAAAGCGGUGACUAAAUAUACCAGCUCAAAAUAAAUGCUAACCCUAAAAUAUAUCUGUUAUUACAAUGUAAUUUUAUAUUUGUUAUGGAUUUUGAUGUAUUUCUUUAAUAUAUUUGCCAAUAAAUAAUUUUUUUAAUUUGAAAUAAAUGUAUACUAGUUCCUUGUAA